AUGGCGACUGCUGGAACAGCAGACUCGGGAUUAACAGCCCCGACAGAUAUUAGGACUCAGUUCUGGAGGAGAGCAUUACAGCGAGGGACCAGCAGCAUCAGAAAAAUGGCCCCCUCAGAGAUGCCUGGCUCUUCAAGCACAAGUCAGAGUAUGAAGAAGACCAUUGGACAUCGUGGUGUUGAGACCACCACGGGAGAGACCACCUACAAAAAGACCACGUCAUCUGCCUUAAAAGGUGCCAUCCAGCUGGGGAUCACUCACACAGUUGGCAGCUUAAGUCAAAAGGCGGAGAGGGAUGUUCUCAUGCAGGACUUUGUGGUGGUCGAAAGCAUCUUCUUCCCCAGUGAAGGCAGUAACCUGACACCUGCUCAUCACUACAGUGACUUUCGCUUUAAGACCUAUGCUCCAAUUGCCUUUCGUUAUUUCCGAGAAUUGUUUGGCAUUCGGCCUGAUGACUACCUGUAUUCACUGUGUAACGAGCCUCUGAUUGAGCUGUCUAAUCCUGGAGCCAGCGGGUCACUGUUCUACGUCUCCAGUGAUGAUGAGUUCAUCAUCAAGACUGUUCAACACAAAGAGGCAGAGUUUCUCCAAAAACUCUUACCUGGAUACUUCAUGAAUAUAAACCAAAACAAACGCACUCUGCUGCCGAAGUUCUAUGGACUGUACUGUGUUCAGGCAGGGGGCAAGAAUAUCCGUAUUGUAGUGAUGAACAAUCUUCUGCCUCGGAUCAUCCCUAUGCACCUUAAAUAUGACCUGAAGGGCUCCACCUACAAGAGACGAGCUUCUCCAAAGGAGAGAGAAAGGCCUGUACCCAUUUACAAAGACCUUGACUUCAUCCAGGACUUGCCAGACGGCCUGCUACUGGAAGUGGACAACUACAAUGCUCUUUGCAAGACAAUACAGCGGGAUUGCUUGCUUUUACAGAGUUUCAAGAUUAUGGAUUACAGUCUCCUAAUGGGCAUCCACAACAAGGACCAGGCCAUUCGAGAGCGAGAACGUGGUGUUGGCAAUUCAGGGGACAUUGGUGGGCCAGAGGGAUCUGUGACUCCAGAUCAGCGCCGGCCACAAACCCAGAAAAGUCUGUACUGUACAGCCAUGGAAUCCAUCCAGGGGGAAGCUCGAGGGAAGGGAGCUUUAGAUUCAGAAGACCACAUGGGUGGUAUUCCAGCUCGUAAUAGUAAAGGCGAGCGAUUGCUCAUCUACAUUGGCAUCAUUGACAUUCUGCAGUCCUAUAGGUUUAUUAAGAAGUUGGAACACUCCUGGAAGGCCUUGGUCCAUGAUGGGGACACAGUUUCCGUCCACAGGCCUGGUUUCUAUGCAGAGCGUUUCCAGCAUUUUAUGUGCAACACAACGUUUAAGAAAAUUCCAUUAAAACCGUCGCCAUCUAAGAAGAGUCGUGGUGGAGGUCAGGGAGGUCUUAGGAGGGCCCCCACCCUCGGAGCUCCCACCCCACUCUCCCAUGCGUCAGGACAGAUGUCUAUGGACUCCAGACUGGUGUACCACAGUCACUACAGAAGCACAGAGUCAGAGGCUGACAGUGGCAUCCAGUCAGGCAGACCUGAUCUUGUUCCGAGGACCCCUCCGCUAUUGGACAACCCUGCUGAUUGUGAGGCCAAUCUUUCCACUUCAUCACUUGGCAGCACAGGAGUUGCACCCACCUCUCCUCCACUGCGUUCUGUGGGAGUGGAAGUGCACAAAUCGGCAAACACAGAUCUUGACCAGGGUGGUAACCACAGUUUUGGGGUAGAAGGGGCUGCAGAUAAUUCUGGCAAUCUGUCUGGAAAUGAAGAUGUCGUUUCACUAUCUGACAUUGUCCCAGAGACCAACAUCUGUUUUUAAAAACAGACAUGGUGAAAUGUAAGGAUGAGGUGUUUCUGGCCAAGUUGAGGUGGACAGAAGUAAGAAUGAAGAGAAUGAAGGUCGCCACAGAUGACCCUUCCCUGCACCUGUGUUGUUUUCUCACCCAUACCCACAGUAAACAUGGACCUCUGGGUGAUGCAGUGAGGUGCAGUGGAGGAUGCAACAGUGGGUAAGCAAUGAAAAAGGAAGGAAAAAUCAAGAGGCUGGUGUGCGGUAAGCCUGAGACUUUCCCAGCCAUCAGCAUUGUCACUGUGCAUACACAUUUGUCUGCACUUGUCCCAAAGCCCAAAUAUCUGUUAUGAACAACUUCUUCAUGAAGAGUUGGUCAUUGCGCCCAGUUAUACAGCAUGAAGAGAUGUGACAGACAACCUUUCAGAAGGAAUAUACACACUUAAGAGCACACAUGGGGCGGAGCCUGCGUUUGUAUGGAUGAAUAUUUUCCUGUUUUUCAUGCUCUGUCCAAGUGGGUUCACAUUUCUGUGGCUCUAGAGUUUCUAUUACUGCACAUCCAGUUCCCCUCGGCACUGCUCAUGAUGAGGGGGACUCUGAGCUAUCAGUGUCCAGAAUCAACACAUGCUGCUGUUGACUCUGCAAUCAUUUAUGCAUUUCUUUUUCUUCUUUUUUUUUUACUGUUGAUAUAGAUUUGUUUGAAGUUGGACUUUGAAACUCCGAAGUGAUGUGUUGACCCUAUGGUAAUUUUUUUUGGUUAAGUUGUUCUGCUGGAAGCCACGGUGGUGCUGCAAAGGUCCAAGGAGAUCUUGCCGCUGCUGAAUGUACAUUAGUGUUUUAUUAUGUAGAAUGUGUCUUAUUAACAUGGCAGACCACAUUUUUAUAACCCUAAAAAUCUCCCCCUCUGAUGAGACCAUAUGUGCUGAAGUAUACCAAGUGUGGCCCAGUCCCAUUUCUCAUUUUUACCUCUACCUCUUGCCCCCUGUCAUUAGGAACUGAUAAACAAGGGUUCGUGGUUAAAAUCUAUAUAAUCUACAUGUUGAUGACAAUGAAUAACGGUAACAUUAGUUUCCUUGGAAUCAGGGUAGUGUCUCAGAGCCCUGUAUUUAAAGUGAAAUUGUUCCGUUUGAAGGGUUAGUUAGCCCCCACAUUUCACCCUCUACCAACAAGCACUGGGACACCAUAGUCCUACAGAUGGAUGUGCAAAAUGGAGUUGUAGAGCUAAGCAGUAGGGGCAAGAGGUGAAAUGGGAUUGAGCCAAAGUGCCAAUAGCACUGCUGGCCACUAGAUGCUAUGAAAUGAAGUCAAGGUUUUUAGUUAAUAGGAGAGAAACAUUUAAGCUACUGUCUGUUGUCCGUCAUGUAUGUGCCUUUUACAUGUUUGUUCCUCCCCAAACAUGACACAUAACUGACAUUUUUCAAACCACUCAGAGAAACCUGCCUUAUCACUACACCUAAAGCCAUCAAACUGCCAUUUGUAUGUUUGGACCAACCAGUGAGUUUUAGAUUUUAAUGAAAACACUAUUAAAAUCUCCUUUACAUUUAUGUCAAGUGUUGAGUCACCGUGGUUCAACAGCUCAGCUAAAACUUUUAACUCUCCUGACAUUGGACAGAUACUGUAUGUGAUUGAUAUUUGACUCAUUCAUUUCUGCUGGUUCUAGAAAUGACACACACUCACAUAUCCACUCUUGGACCAAUAUUAUGAAACAUUCUUUUUUAUUGCAUGUAGUCCUAUUUAUCUUUAACUUAGCCAUUCAUAUAAAUUGGACUUUUUCUUCCACAAGCACUAAAAACAACAAGGAUGUUGCUGGACUGGAAGUGUUUACCCCAUAAGAUGUUUCUGUUGCAGAAAUUUGAGUCUCUACCAAGUGAACUGUAGCAGAUCUCAGACUUUGUAUCAUUGAAUUUAACACAUUUAAGUUUGUUUAAUGCACAUGUGGUCUGUGCAGCAGAGAGGGAGAUAGGGGGAAAUGUGAGUUAUGAAAAGAGAAAGAAGGUAAAUUGUUCACGGUUUAUCAGUGAAUGCACAUGUGAGGAUACAGGACUGAGUCUUUUGUAUUAUAAGCCAGCCGCGGCACCAAAGAAAAGAGCAGGGGCUUCCUGUAAAUGUUCACAAUCCAGUGCAGUUGACACAAAAAUGAAAUGAAACACUCCUGAACUGAAAUGUUUUAUAAGGUAAUAACACUGGGUUGACCUGGGUUUUAAGGAUCUGUUAUUAAACUGGAUUUCCUUUGCUGAAUAAUUUCAUGUCUGACAUAAACCUAGUGCCCGUAAAGAUUUAUUUUUCUUUAUCAAAGAAUGAUUCUACUCGGCCCGACCUGUGGCAUUUCAACAGUUAACUCCACAUUCCCGUGAAUCCUGUGAAAAUUUACUGCACUCGUGGAAGCUCUCAGAGCUCAAUAUUUACAACGUUUGCGUAGUUAGGAGAACGUACUUGAAAUUGAUUACUUUUGUUAUGGUGAAAUGUAAAAGACUGAUUUCUUCAAACAGAUUCGUUUGAAAUUGUAUUGAGCGUUGGUUGAGCGUUAAACCACCCGCCAAAGAAAAACACUCCCCCUGUAAAAUUACUUGUUUUAAAAAGCAAACAAACCACGUUCUAGAUUGUAAAAUCUUGAUUUUUUGAUGUUAAUGUUUUUUAGUGAGUGGUACUGUGUAAUUGCUGGAUGCAGACCAAUUGAGUCGCAGUUACUUACUACACCAGUGGCACAAGACAAACAUCCUUAACUGCUUAAAGGGCAGUGUACUCUGCAAAGACACUAUAAUUCAAGUGGAGUAAUGCAAUACAAACUAUGUGUCACCUUUCACCUCGAAGAACUAUAUUUAUUACUAUGGUUGUAGACUGAAAUGAUAAAGGUGUAUGAUGUACUUUAGAUGAUUGUAUGUAUACUGUAUAAACUGACAGAAGGAUGUGUGAAACUGUAGUGUGCAUUGCCCGUGAAGGGGAGACUAUUUUGACAAUUUCACGUUUUUAUUUUGUGUGCAGAUUGUGACAUGAUGGCUAUAUUAUCACCAUGAUGAUUCUGGGUUAUUAAGCUCCCGUGCUUUUUCCACGUGAAUGUUUCACAUGGCUCACGAGCCAACAUUGCUGGUUGUCCUAUAUGCUUCAAUUACUAUAUUUUUACUGUGUAUAAAAUGUGUAUAUGUACAUAGGAGUCACGGAAAUGCCUUCUCAUACAAUGUGCUGCCUGCCCCCUGCCAUGUUUCAGUUAUGUGGUGGUGAACUGUUUUCAUGUCUGAUUUUAAAGGAUUAAAGAUAUUUCUAUAAG